GCGGUUUCCACGCACGCUGAGCAAAACAUUGUGUGGCGGCUAUGGCCAUGUCAAGUCACCAAAGCCAAUUUACAUCUGCAUUGGGAUUUCCCUUUCUCCUCCCUCUCUCCACCCGAAGCCCAACGGCGCGGCUGCUUUCAUUUAAUACCUUUUUUUUCUGUUCUUGAUUUUUGUCUCACUUCACCUAAAACGCUGUUUAUAUAUAUAUAUAGCUGUCGUUGACUCCCACGGCGGUGUAGCGCCUCUCUGCUCGUUUGCGUAGUGCGCGUAUCAUUACUGUCCUGUUAUUACUUUAUGAUUGUUAUUUUUUCGUUAAUCUCAUUCUUUUCCUUUACUUGCUUAUCAUUCGGAUUCCACUGAGUGGGAGGUUUUUUGCUUACUAUUAAACACAAACGUAUUGCUCAUUCUAUCUUACUUCUUUUCUGCGUUCCUUUGCCCGUUUUCUUGGGUAGCUUCCUCAGGUGUGUAUGUGUGUGUGUGUGGCAUCCAUCUUCUUUCCUUCAAAUGCACACGCCUCCAUCUCGCCUUUAGCGUUGCUGUUGAUAUUUUCAUUAUUUAACUGUUAUAUUUAAUCCCCUUUCUUUCCUGUGUAUCAUCUUGCGUUCUACUCGACGACGUUUGGGAUUCACACUCAGCUUCAACAGCAUCACAGUUAAUCACCUCGCUGAUUCUUUUUUGAGGAGGAGGGGGGGGGUCUCAUCAAGGAACUGGACAAGUGAUAGAGACGCACGAGGCACCAUGAAGGACGAUUUUUGGACGCUAGAGUGGGCGUACGAGCCCGUGAGCGUGAGGCGAGGUACCUCCCCGCCGCCUGAUCUCUUCGAGACCGCCUCGGACUGGGCUGCAGACGACGACGACGACGACGGCGCUGGCACGGGCUCCACCGAAGCUCUCACGUCUAAAACGUCAGACGCCAAUGUGCCCCUCUACUCUUUCUCCUCUCGUGUCUCGCCGCCCUCUCGGUGUACCGACUCCUACGCCGACUGGGAAGCGUCGCUGACGGUGGCGGAGGAGUACUGGCGAAGCUCUUACGAAAGCCGCAAAACGAGGACCUUUCCUGUAGCACACACACCGUCUCCGUCUGCCCUCUAUGAAUUAGAGCCCGCCGCAUCGGAUGAAGAUGGGAGCGUGCUGCCCAUUUUCUCUUCUCCUUCUCCGGCCGCCGAGCACGAUUCCGUUGAAAACGAAGCGCAGAAGGAUGCGCUGACUUCACGGGAGCACCUGCCCAGUGGGCGCUCCGCCAGUGGUGCGCACGACGCCUCUCUUUCGGAUGUGAGCACCACCCUUAUCUUUCACGGCGACUUCAACUUCACGAUGGGUGCGCUGCGUCAGCUAGGCCAGCCCGGCAGCAGUGGCCUCCUUCCUCCGGCUGCUCAAAAGACCACGGCGGACGAUGCAGCGAUGACGACGGCUCACGGAACCCUUAUUCUGCAGGAGCACAGUACGGGGUACCUGCUCGACUGGAAGCCGUCUAGUACGUUGAAGAGCAUCCAAACGAGCCCCAGCCCCAGUGCUCUUCUUCCAGCCCCCGGAACACUCGCCGAAGAGCCCUUGUUCGCUGCGGCGAGUGCUCCUCGUCUGUUGCCUUCCUCUGGUGUCCCCAAAGCAGCAGGAGCGCUGCCGGCCUUCGCACCUCUGCGCCGUUCUCCCGCAUCGACGAGUGUCGACGAUACAGCUGGAGAAGCAGAGGCGAGGGUGAAGGCGCUUUCGGAAUCAGCCGACCCGCCCUGCCGCACCGCACCGACAGCUCCCAGGCGCAUCACCUCUCCUGUCGUAUCUGCCGGUGACCGGUGGAGUGGCGAUGGGCGUCUUGCCCUUUCGCGUCCUCCGAUUGUGAGGGGCACCGCGGCUGUCUCGGCUGCACAACCGAAGACGCCACUCGAGGUCUCUUCCUGUCCAGCUGGGCCAAAGAAGAAGAAGAGCAGUCCGAAAGGUGUUUUUGAAGACAACUUCAUGGCCCAGUCGUCGCAUUCCAGCGACGGCACAGUGGACAUCGAGGUGCCGCCCUCGGUCGCCCUCGCGCUGCAAUUGCGAGGAACAAAACACAAGCCGGUGCUGCCCACAGAGACAACGCUUCCUGUACGGGCCGUGGAGGUGCAGUGCCGCUCUGCUGUUCCACCAGGCACGGCAAGGCCUUCUAAUACGCAGUGGCCUGCGUUGCAGCAGCGAACGGACACGCCGCGCCGGGGCGACGUUAAGGACGUUAAAACCGACGCUUCGUUGCAACAAGCCACCCCACCGCUGUCGUCCUCCCCUCCUCCGUCGCAGAAGUUCCCACUGUUAGCAAGGGUGAGUGCGUCUCCCUCGUCAUGGCUGCUGCUCGACUCGAGCUCCGAGGGAAGCGGCACGGCGACGUCGCUGACGCGCAUGGUAGAGACGGCGGAGGGCAGCGCGGACGAACUUGCGAUUACGCUGCGGGGAGUCCGAACCCACCUGGGACCCAAGCCCUCUCCGCCAAGGCCACACGCGGCAUCGGAGAAGUCGGCUCUCUCCCCACAGCGUCAACGUGACGACGCGGGCACGUACAACAACGCAGCGCCGUCGGCGGACGGCCCUCAAAAAAAGUCUUCGCCCGCUCAAAAGGAAGACCAGAAGAAUUCGAAGAAGCUGAAGAAGCCUACGAGCGGGCUGCACCGCAGCAUUAGCCCGUCACGCGGCAUCCCUCUCGCCGCCACUGCGGUCGCCUCCUUCUACAACUACACGGAGAAUACGAGCGGGAGCGGUGCCAGCGUGUCUCCUACUGAGACUGCGGGUAGUAGUGGGCAGCUGCGACGGGGUAAAACACUCUCCUUGAGCAGCAGCAGCUGCACUGUAGGUAUCACACACACUCCGCACGACAACGCGUCUGUGAAGGCGCCGCACUGUGAGAACGGCUUGUCGACGGUCAACAGGGAACCCCUCGCGGAGGCCCAUCAAACACAGCAUCAAAACGGCUACGUCGAUGCGAUCCCCCGCCCCUACGCAGCCGCCAGCCCAAGCCACACCGCCAACAGGCCGCAGCCAGUAAAUCUGCGAGAGGCGGCCAUGCAAGCGUUUCCGCUGGUCCCCGUGGCGGAGCGAUUUCACACGAUGGGCAGGGUGCCACCGCAGACCGCACGGCGGCACUCGCCCGUAGCGACGUUGUCGGCACGCGGUGCAUCGCCCCCGUCGACGCAGGCAUGGAGGCGCAACAACGUGGCGGGAACGGCGGACGCCCCACCGCAGGAGAACCAACCCCGACAACACAAGCCUCGGCAGCGCGCAGAAGCUCUUCGUCUCUCGUUGCCACCAACAAACUCAGACUCCUUUUCACGCCGAGGAGGUCACGCCACACGCAUCAUGAAAGUGUCAUCACGGCUCAUGGAGGCGAGUCCGGCCGCCCCCGUCUCUCCGUUGUCAGCCGGAAAGCCGCAACCUCCGUGCACUGGAAUGAAUCUGCGUGAACCAGGCGGCAACCGUGGCGGCGCACGUCGGUGUUUCGUUUCCUUUCCCUACGAGGCACCCGAGAAGGAGCUCUCCGGCACAGUGGAUAGUCCGUCCUCGUCACCGGCGAGAGAGAGCGAAAAGAAAGCUCGUGGAACCAGAAUGAGGGGAAAUGCGGCAGUAGAGGCGCACAACGGGAUGGGUGCGCCAGCGAGACGAGCGUCGCCCGAGACAUUCUGUCCAUGGAAGCGCUUCCCCACAGAUGCAGAAAAGGACGGCUACGUGAAUUGGCCUGAGCAGCAACUGACGAAGCUGUCCGCAGGCAAGUCCGGUGCCACAAGCAGCUCUACGUUGGGUUUGUCUUCCUCUAGCAUCCUAAUGGGGGGCUCUGCGCCAGGUGUGUCGCUCAGCCACCACCACGGCCUGUCUGACGUGCGCCACAAAUCUCACGCAUGA